AGGAGCCGCGGGGCCGCCACACUCGCCCCCCGCCCCCCCGCGCUCACUCGCACUCACACCCGGGCGCAGGAGGCGGGCGGCCCGGGCCCCACCGGCCCCCCAUGGACGCCCCCGGCACGGGGCGCUGAGACCCCCGCGUAGCUGCCCAGCCCGGUCCAGCGCGCCACGCCGAGGGACCUCUGGACAGGACAAGAUUCAGAAGUUACUCUUCCCACCCAGGACCCCUUUACAGGCCCAGCUUGCUCCCCGACCCAGCCCUACCACCUGCCAUUCCCUGGCCCCUUUCACCGCCCGCCCCCCUUGGGGCUCAGGGCAUGGUGUGAAAGGCCAAGUGCUGAGGCGGGCACCAUGGGUGCUGUGCCCUAGGGCCUGGGUGGCAGGGGGUGGGUGGCCUGUGGGUGUGCCGGGGGGGCCAGUGUGCCCACCCCAGUCUCUCGGCGUGCUGGAGGGCAUCCUGGAUGGAAUUGAAGUGAAUGGAACAGAAGCCAAGCAAGGUGGAGUGUGGGUCAGACCCAGAGGAGAGCAGUACCAGGUCACCAGAUGGAAAGCGAAAAAGAAAGAACGGCCAAUGUUCCCUGAAAACCAGCAUGUCAGGGUAUAUCCCUAGUUACCUGGACAAAGACGAGCAGUGUGUCGUAUGUGGGGACAAGGCAACCGGUUAUCACUAUCGCUGCAUCACUUGCGAGGGCUGCAAGGGCUUCUUUCGCCGCACAAUCCAGAAGAACCUCCAUCCCACCUACUCGUGCAAAUAUGACAGCUGCUGUGUCAUUGACAAGAUCACCCGCAAUCAAUGCCAGCUGUGCCGUUUCAAGAAGUGCAUCGCUGUGGGCAUGGCCAUGGACUUGGUUCUAGAUGAUUCGAAGCGGGUGGCCAAGCGCAAGCUGAUUGAGCAGAACCGAGAGCGGCGACGGAAGGAGGAGAUGAUCCGAUCACUGCAGCAGCGACCAGAGCCCACUCCUGAAGAGUGGGACCUGAUCCAUGUUGCCACGGAGGCCCAUCGGAGCACGAACGCCCAGGGCAGCCAUUGGAAGCAGAGGCGGAAAUUCCUGCCGGACGACAUCGGCCAGUCACCCAUCGUCUCCAUGCCAGACGGAGACAAGGUGGACCUUGAGGCCUUCAGCGAGUUUACCAAGAUCAUCACCCCGGCCAUCACCCGCGUGGUGGACUUUGCCAAAAAACUGCCCAUGUUCUCCGAGCUGCCUUGCGAAGACCAGAUCAUUCUCCUGAAGGGGUGCUGCAUGGAGAUCAUGUCCCUGCGGGCGGCUGUCCGCUAUGACCCCGAGAGCGACACCCUGACGCUGAGCGGGGAGAUGGCUGUCAAGCGGGAGCAGCUCAAGAAUGGCGGCCUGGGUGUCGUCUCUGACGCCAUCUUUGAACUGGGCAAGUCACUCUCUGCCUUUAACCUGGAUGACACGGAAGUGGCUCUGCUGCAGGCUGUGCUGCUAAUGUCAACAGACCGCUCGGGCCUGCUGUGUGUGGACAAGAUUGAGAAGAGUCAGGAGGCGUACCUGCUGGCGUUCGAGCACUACGUCAACCACCGCAAACACAACAUUCCGCACUUCUGGCCCAAGCUGCUGAUGAAGGUGACUGACCUCCGCAUGAUCGGGGCCUGCCACGCCAGCCGCUUCCUCCACAUGAAAGUCGAGUGCCCCACCGAACUCUUCCCCCCACUCUUCCUCGAGGUCUUUGAGGAUCAGGAAGUCUAAAGCCUCAGGCGGCCAGAGGGUGUGCGGAGCUGGUGGGGAGGAGCCUGGAGAGAAGGGGCAGAGCUGGGGGCUGAGGGAGACCCCCACACCUCUUCUCUCCUCCCUCUCAUCCUUGGAUAGAUUCAGCUCCCCACACACACCCCCACACUGCCCUGUCCCUCCUCAGAACCUCCAGCCCUGGGACAGGGCAAACAAAUGAACUUGCUAUGAAAAGGACAGUGUGGGAGGCGGGCGGGGGGACCGUGUCCUGCAGUUCCCAGGACCCUGUCCUCUGAGAAGGUAGGAGAAGGGAGGGAGAACUAAGAGCGGACAAGCCAUCUUGACCGUAGGGGAUAGAGGAAUGUGGGGUGGGGGCAAAGGCCCUCACUCACCCCCUACACACACACACACACACACACACACACACACACACACACACACACGAGAGAUCCCCCUCUCCCAGUCUCUCGGCCUAGGUCCCCCCUCCAGGCUGAGGGCCUCUCUGCUUCCCCAGAUGCCUGGUGCAAAGAAAGGCUUGGCUUGGCUCCUCCUCUGGAGGUUAAAAAUUACAGUCAUUCUAACUGCACUUUGGAAACCAGGCAAGGGGAGAAGAUAAAUGAAGAAAUACUAGACAGAGGAAAAAAGAGCGAGCGACUGAUAGAGAGAUGAUAUUAAGUUAUUAACUGAGGCUGGCCAGAGGGGAGGACCCCCCCUCCCACCCCCAAGCACUUUGAGAGCUGCCCCUCCUCCCCCCAAAUCAGAGAGAACUGCCCCCCCCCCCACAUCAGGUCCCCAAGGGUAGGGCUGCCAUCAGAGCUGUGAGCUAAUACAGCAGGGUCCUGCCCACGCCCCCUUGCCUUGCCCCUCCCUCUGUGCCCUUUGGCACCCCCCACCCCAGUACUCCCUCUGCUCUCUGCCACUCGUGCCCGCUGAGUUCCAUCUACCUCUCACUCUGGAUGCCAGCUGGCCCCUCACCAGCCUGCCCUGCUGCCCGCACAGCUCCCCUUUCAAGUGCCCAGCCCCGGGGGCCUCUCCCUGUCACCCCCCUUCCUCUUCUGCACCUUGGCACCCACACAGGAAAAACUGUGGCUCAAGCUCCCGCCCUCCUCACAUCCUGCAGUAUUAGCUACGAUCCAGAUGCUGC